UGAGGUGUUUGUGUGACUGCAAUGAGUGAACGACCCCUUAAUGUCAUGUUUGAAACAAUGGAUGAAAAGUGGACUCAAAACUCAAAAAUGUUUUAAUCAUUGAAUCUAAUCGUCAUUUUUGGCUCAAAUUUGUCUGCAAUGGAAGCGAUGGAGUGAUGGGAAGGGAUGGCCGGCAAAUAUCACUGUAAUUAUUGCGAUGAAGACAUCAAUGAUAUUCGUGUCAAAUGCAACGAAUGCCAAGACUUCGACCUCUGUCUGCAGUGCUUUUCGUGCGGAGCGGAGAUCGGGUCCCAUAGGAGUCGACACUCGUAUCAGUUGAUUGUGAGUCCAUUUACACCAUUGAGGGGUUGUCGAGAUUGCGGAACGUUUCCUAUAUUGACCACAACCCACAAGUGGAGGGCUUUGGAUGAGAUCGCGCUCUUGGAGGCCAUCGAGCAGUACGGGUUCGGUAACUGGACAGCCAUUGCGGACAGUGUCGGUCUCAAAGACGUGACGUCCGAUGAGGCCAAAGAACACUACUGUAGUUACUAUGUGUUGGGCAGCAUCGGGAGGGCCGUCUGGAAUCAGGUGAACACGGAUUCCUCGGUGGCGAUGCGCGACCACACGUGUCCUAAUGACGGCCCCCUCUCUCCCGGUCUCACCACUCCUCUGCCGGCCAUCACAGAAGUGAGUCGUCAGGACGAGGACGCGUUGGGGUAUUUGCCGAAAAGGGAUGACUUCGAGAGGGAGUUCGACAACGAGUGCGAGUCCUUAGUGUCGACCCUUUCGGUGAAUAACAGUGAAGACGAUGACCUCGAGAUUAGCUUAAAGUUAGCCCACGUUUCGAUGUAUCAGAAAAGACUGAAAGAGAGGUUUGAAAGGAAAGGGAUCGCUCGGGAGUACGGACUAGUCAGCCAUUUCUUCAAGAGUCACAACUCAUUCAAAGAUCUAAACCAUUCAACGCCUCAAAAGAACGCCAAUUGUCUCAACAAAAAGAACUCAAAGCAGAGCUCAUCCCAAGAAAGCGAAAGCGAAUCCCCUUUGAAGAGUGCUUUUGAAGAGAAAUAUAAACCAUUCAUAAGAUUUCAAUCGGAAGAGGAAAGUCGAGAGUUAUUUAAAAACAUGAAACGCGAGAAAGAAUUGAAGGCAAAGAUCAAAGAACUGAUGAGAUAUCGGAAGAAUGGAUUGAAGCGCAGGAGUGAAGUGAUUGGCUUCGAGUCGGCCCGAAAUAAGCGCCAAAAGCGCAAAGAAAACAAAAAGAAAUCGGUUAGUGAUGUGCUGUUGUCACCACUCAUAUCAGAAUUGUUUAUAUGCUUUAGUUUUCAGACUCCAAGCGCCGCCGCAAGUAUUGGCUCCGUUCACAAGCGAUCGUUAGGAACGGCCACCAAAACAGGCGAACCAACAAAAGAUCAAAACUCAACUGUUUCUCAAACCACAAAAAAAGGCACAAAAGUGUCGUCAGAAUUAGCCCCAAAACUCGUUAAUAACCAGAAGAAUGAGUUCGAUGUCUCUUCCCUUCCGGGCUGUCGACUACUAUCGGACAGAGAGAAGAAGCUGUGCUCUACUGUCAAGUUAAGGCCCUCGCAAUACAUCACUUUGAAAACUCUCAUUCUUAAGGAUCACAACCAAAGGGGAACGACAAGCUCUUCAGGCAAAUCGAGUUUAGAAAACAUCGAUAAAUCUACGUGUCGAAGAGUGGAGGGCGUCUUUGAUUUGGAUAAGUUAAGGGUUGGCUAUAAUGACAUCCUAUUGAUCCCGAGCGGCGCUUAUAAUAUCAGAAUUGAGGAGCGAUUUGCUACUAAUAACUAUUUAGCCGUUCGUAAUAUCAAUGGACAGUAUUAUUUGAAUGGGAACUGGAGGAUACAGUUUCCCAAAACCUAUGUAUUCGCGGGAACUACAUUUCAUUACUAUUCCAAACGAAAACCAUUUGGAAUACAGGCGCCCGAAAGUUUACGAGCCGUCGGUCCCUUAACAGAGCCACUCGUAAUAGUCUUGUUAUAUAGGGAGCGAAAUAAAGGCUUAUUUUUCGAGUUCACAGUUCCGGCUGACGCCCAGACCCCUGUCCAACACUCCAUCUAUUCGUGGAUUUACUCGGAUUACUCGCAAUGUAGCCGCACGUGUGGCACUGGUAUUCAAACUCGAAAUGUCCACUGCGUCCGAGUAAUGGAUCACUUGCCGGUCUCAGACUCUCUUUGCGAUUCACUCACGAGACCUGAUAAUAACAGGACCUGUAAUGCUGAUCCCUGUGCCGCCUGGAAAGUAGCCGAAUGGACAGACUGUUUGUGUCAUUUCGAGGUUCAGUAUCGGCACGUAUACUGUCACUCAUCGACUCAGAGCUCAAACGGUGGUAUUCUGGAGGACACUGAAUGUCUUCAACUCAAUCAACCAAAACCAUCGUCUCUACAGAAAUGCGUUCGCGAGACGGAAUGUCCCGUUUGGACGACCGGUGUUUGGGAACGGUGUGACUCAAACUGUGGAAACGGAACUCAAACCCGUGAAGUGAACUGCACUUUGAAAGGAGAGACAGUGAAUGAAUCCCAAUGUGUGGCAACUCUUCGGCCGAUUCAUACACAAGAAUGCAAUGAAAUCCCGUGCGAUGGCGUCGAAUGGUUUGUCACUGACUGGACGUCUUGUGAUAAACAAUGCGGACCUCAAGUGCAGACCCGGAAAGCCAUUUGUGCGGAUGAAAGCGGAACUGCAUUCCCAUCAGAGGCCUGUGGUAUCAGUCGAACUCCAGCCACGAGUCAGUUGUGUACAGAACAGCCCCCGUGUGCUCCUCUUUGGUUCACUUCUGAAUGGAGUAAUUGUAGCGUUGAUUGCGGAGAGGGAUUACAGACUAGACAUGUCUUUUGCGCACAUCUUAACGAUAAGUCAGAGGUGAUCGUCGACAGCGAUAGUGAAUGUGUUUCUGAAAGACCCCAAAAUGUUUCUGUUUGUCGGUUAUCUGAUUGCGAAGGAAUUUGGUUCAGUGCGCCCUACGAGAUGUGCACCGUUCCCUGCAGUGGCGGACAAAUGUCACGAAAAGUGAUUUGUUUCAAUCAAAGCGAUGAAUUAGUUUUGGAUGAAAGCUGUGACACAAGUCUCAAACCGCUUACGAAAGAGGACUGCAAUACGUUUGAGUGCGACGACGACCAGUUGAUUGGUGUUGGCGGCUGUAAAGACACUAAGUCUGGCUGUUGUCCCGAUGGUCUCACUCCCGCUGGCGAUGGCUAUUCUGAAUGUCCGCCAAUUAAUAUGACAGAUGGUUGUAAUGCCACUCAAUUUGGCUGUUGUCCUGAUUUAGAAACCGCUGCUUUCGGACCCUUCCUAAAGGGAUGUCAAGUUUUGUGCAAUUUUACACGGUUUGGGUGCUGUCCAGACGGCUUAUCAAUUGCUAACUCUACUACCUUUGAGGAAUGCCCUCAACCUAUACCCGAAACCACAACAGUUACCACAAUAAUGACUACAACUGAGGAGCCGACUACAACCACAACUACCGAAGUGCCCGUUAAAGUACUGGCCAUUCACGAGACUAAGGAAUGUGACGAAUCCCUCGUCGAGGGCUCGGGAGAGGGAUCGGGUGAGGGCUGUGCUGAUGGCACAGACAUAGGCGAAGGACAAAAGUCUGAGGGAAGUGGAGAUGUGAUUGUUGGCGGAGACAUCACUAACUGUACGGACAGCACGUGUGUCCCUGAAAUCACAACAGAUGUGAUCGAUUGCAAUGCAACUGAAUUCGGGUGCUGUCCCACUGGAAAAAAGGCGGCCACUGGACCUAGGUAUUAUGGCUGCACCUGUGAGGACUUUCCCAACGGCUGUUGUCAAGACAAGUAUACACCCGCUCGGGGACCAGAUUUUGACGGCUGUAUAUGCAGUCGUAUGCUUUACGGGUGUUGUAGUGACGGCGUAACCCCAGCCAUUGGGGCUAAUUAUGAGGGCUGUAGUUGUGAGUCAUCGAUGCACGGGUGCUGUCCAGAUAUGGUUUCUAUAUCCAAAGGACCCAACUAUGCCGGCUGUCCGUGCGAUUCACUCAGUUUUGGCUGUUGUCCGGGCUCUACCAUUCCAGCGACAGGACCUAAGUUUGAAGGCUGUUCCUGUGCUAACACACCAUUUGGUUGUUGUCACGAUGGGGUCACUAUAGCCUAUGGGCCGAAGUUUGAGGGCUGCCCUUCUGGUCCUUCCCUGGACUUGAAACUAGUGUCAGAGGUGUGUGGUCUGAGCAAAGAGAGGGGUUCGUGUCGUAACUUCACAGUCAAGUGGUAUUUCGAUGUGGCCUAUGGAGGCUGUAACAGGUUCUGGUACGGGGGCUGUGAAGGUAACGGCAAUCGGUUCUCAUCUCAAGAGCAAUGCGAGCGCUCGUGUGUCAGUCCAGAAGGGCCUGAGAGGUGCGCUCUGCCCAAAGUGAGCGGUCCCUGCAAUGGCUCCUAUGUCUUGUGGUACUUCAAUCCUGAAGCCAGAAGUUGCGAACAAUUCGUUUACGGCGGAUGUCUCGGCAAUACCAAUAGAUAUGAAACCAAAGAUAUAUGCGAACAGACGUGUGUCCAUCAGGAGACCAUUCUGGACAGGUGUGAACAGCCACCAUCAGUUGGUCCGUGUCGUGGAAACUACGAGCGCUGGCACUACCGAAAAGAGGAGAAUCGUUGUCUGCCAUUCACUUAUGGCGGCUGUAAAGGUAAUCAGAAUAACUUCCAAUCAGAAGAGGAAUGUAGAAACUCGUGUGGCUCUCAAAGUCCGCAAGAAAUCUGUGGCUUCCCGAAGGCAGAGGGACCCUGUUUGGGGUCAUUCCCGCGCUGGUACUUCGAUAGCACUUAUAGUGUUUGCCGUGAAUUCGUGUACAGCGGAUGCGAAGGCAAUAGGAAUCGAUUUGUAGAUAAGAGCGCCUGCGAGAGACAAUGCAAUCAAACCAAAGUGUUGCCCAUUGCCGACAACGUGUGCUCAUUACCCCGGGCAGAGGGUCCCUGUAGAGCAGCUAUCAUUCAAUGGUAUUUCAAUACAAAAUCCGGACGAUGUGAACGAUUUUAUUAUGGAGGCUGUGAAGGGAAUGGCAAUCGUUUUGACGACAGGACAGCGUGCGAGCGGUCGUGUCUUUACGUCCACUCUGACCGCAAUGCCUGCCAUCAGCCCAAAGAGAGCGGCAAUUGCUAUGACUAUAGAGAGCGUUGGCAUUAUGAUGUCGAAGAUAAGAGAUGUCAUCGGUUUUACUACUCUGGCUGUAAAGGCAAUGAAAAUAAUUUCGGUUCAUUUGAAGAGUGCACUCAAAGAUGCGGCCCUUUUACUGUUGUCUCAACUGAACUCUCUGUCCAACACUUCAAAACGGAGUUCUGCUUCAAAUCAUACGAUUCCGGUCCCUGUUUUCAAAACGAGAUCCGAUGGUUCUAUGACAGGACAGACGGUGUGUGCAAAGAGUUUCUCUAUGGGGGAUGUGAUGGCAAUGAAAAUAGGUUCACAUCUCGAAGCGAUUGUGAGGCCAAGUGUUGGAACUCUCAAGACAUUUGCAGACUAUCUAAAGUGGUCGGUUCGUGUUCCGGACGAUUCACUCAAUGGUAUUUCGACGUCAACGCCAAUGAAUGUCUGGAAUUCUUAUUUAGUGGAUGUCAUGGAAAUGCUAAUCGAUAUAACAGUAAAGAGAUGUGUGAAACUCAAUGUCAAAACAGAGGUCCAUACCCGAGCUCUGUGACAGCCCCUACUGCUAACAUCUGUGACCUGCCGCAUGAGGCGGGUGUCUGUAAGGGAUACUUUCCGCGAUGGCAUUACUCACGAGAAGACAAUGCGUGCAAACAAUUCAUUUUUGGUGGAUGUGCUGGAAAUGAGAAUCGCUUUGAGAAUAGAGAAGAAUGUGAAAAUAGAUGUCUGGCCAAGACUUCCAAACCCAUUGAAGGUCCGGGAGUUGACGAUUCCAGCGAAGUUGUGUGUCGUUUGGAUGUGGAGUCGGGGCCGUGUCGUCAGACCGAAGCCUUUUGGUUUUAUGACCCCCAGAGCCAUAACUGUCUUCCAUUUGUUUACGGCGGUUGUAAUGGCAAUAAGAAUCGGUUCAAAACAUAUGAAGUAUGUAUGAGAUUCUGUUCGCAUAUCUCUCCAAUUCAGACACCCAUUCCCACUGAAAUCAAACCAUCGACCAAAUCAUACGACUGUCCGCCGUCUGACUGCGAGGACCAACGCUGUCCUUUCGGUAUCGAUGAGUUUGUGGACGAGAGAGGCUGUAGUGCCUGCCGGUGCUCUAAUCCCUGUUAUGUUUUCCAAUGUCCCGAAGACAAGUCGUGUGCCGUUGAAGUCUAUAGGGCUGAGAGAGGGGAACCCAGAGCUCAACCUGUUUGCAGACUAAGAAAUAAGCCGGGAAUCUGUCCGCCAGAUAUAUCCUCUUCUAAUGUGUUAGCGUCUGAUUGUGUCGAUCGGUGCAGGAAUGACGCCGACUGUCGUGGAGACGACAAGUGUUGUAACAAUGGAUGCGCUGAUAUCUGUGUCUUAGCCGAAGGUAUUACUCCUAAUAAGAGCUUACACUAUGACCCGAAUCAGUUGGGAGGCCACUCAACGCAAACUGAAGUGCUGGCCACUCCUGGCAGUGAUGUAACCAUUGAUUGCUUUCUGCCGACACAAUCGGCGCAAGUGUCUUGGAAUAGAGACGGACAGCCCCUGUAUUUGCUUAACGAAAGGGUUCAGAUCCUCCCAAAUGGUUCGCUUAGUAUCAAGAGUUUGGAGAACGAAGACGCCGGUACUUAUGAGUGCACCACAGAUAAUGUCAAUAUGAUGUACACUAAGCUUACGAUUAACGCCUAUGAUGCCAAUAGUUAUAGGGACGCGGUGGCUACCAUUCCCAUUAAUGUCAACAGUAACAGACCGCUCUCUGGAGAUUGCGAGGACAGCCAAUAUUUUGCCAAUUGUGAGAUUAUAGUGAAGGCCAAGUAUUGCAAUAACCCUCAUUACGCCAAAUUCUGCUGCCGUUCCUGUUUUCUCGCCGGACAGUUGGAAUGUUUAUCCGACAUUCUGUUCAGAUGA